AUGCAGCAUUCAGAGAAAGGCGGCUUCGAGCUGCCCGCUCCAGUGCCUCAAGCUACACGAAAGACCGGCGUGCCCAAAUGGCUCCGAUACUGCCUCACCAUCGCCUCCUUCAAGUCGCAGUGUGCGCAGCCCGACCCUCUCUUCCCUUCGUCUAAAAAUGAACGUCUCGAGGAUAUGUACGAAUACCUCUCCACGAAAGAGUUCAGGAAGGAGAGCAUCGAGCGGCACUCCAAGGCAGUGCAGAUCCCCACGCAGAGCUACGAUGAUAUGGGAGCCGUUGGCGAGGAUUCGCGGUGGGAUGUGAUGUUUGACUUCCAGAAGUACCUGAAAGAGACGUUUCCCAAGGUGCACAAGCACCUGAACCCUGAGGUGGUGAAUACCCAUGGCUUGCUGUACACCUAUGAAGGCUCCGACAAGAGUCUGAAACCAUUGCUCUUGAUGGCGCACCAAGAUGUCGUGCCGGUGCCCAAUGCUACCAUCGACGCCUGGACGCACCCGCCGUUCAGUGGACACUACGAUGGCACGUUCAUCUGGGGCCGAGGCGCAAGCGACUGCAAGAACCAGCUCGUUGCGAUCAUGGAGGCCAUGGAACUGUUUGUGGAAGCCGGGUUUGAGCCGAAGAGGACGAUCGUCUUAUCUUUUGGCUUCGACGAAGAGAUCAGUGGAGGGCGUGGAGCCAAGAAUCUCGCUGCUUUCCUUUUCAAACGGUACGGCAAGGACGGCUUGGCGGCACUGGUCGAUGAGGGCUCCCAGUUCCAGAAAGCCUGGGGCUCUACGUUUGCCCCCGUCGGUUCGGGCGAGAAGGGCUACACGGACGUCCACAUCACCGUUCGCAUGCCCGGUGGCCACUCCUCCGUCCCCGUCGCUCACACAAGCAUUGGCGUGCUUUCGGAGCUCAUCACCAAGAUUGAAGCAGAGCAAUACCCAACCUACCUCACCGAUGACAAUCCUUACUACGGCCAGCUCAAAUGCGGCGCCGCGCACAGCCCCGAUUUCCCCGACAAAUUGAAGGAGCUACUCGGCAGCCACAAAUCGCGAACCUGCAAGGCCAAGCCCGACCACCUGGCACUUGAAGCGGCAAAGCAAGGCCGACGCAUCCAAUACCUGAUGCAAACUUCUCAGGCCGUGGACGUGAUCGACGGCGGUGUCAAAACCAACGCCCUCCCCGAGCGCGUGUCCGUCACCAUCAACCACCGCAUCAACAUCGGCGACAAGCCAGAGACGGUUUGGAAGCGCAUAACCGCGCUGUCCAAAGAAGUUGCGGAGAAGCACGAUUUGGAUCUGCACGCUUUCGACGGGGUGGAGGAGAAACCCAACUCCAUCAGCCUGUGGGCCUCGCCGGGCUCUCUGCAAGUUGCGCCCGUAACGCCCACGAACCUCGACAAGAACACUCCCUUCCGUGUCCUGGCUGGUUCGACUCGUGCUGUAUACGGCGAGGAGAUUAUCGUCUCGCCGGGCAUGACGACUGGCAAUACGGACACGAGGUAUUACUGGGAUUUGACGAAGCAUAUCUUCCGCUUCGGCCCGGGCUAUGAUCCUGAAUUCGAUUCGGGCAAUCUGAACAACAUCCACACUGUCGAUGAGCAUGUUAGCGUGGCCAAUCAUAUCGGCAUGGUGAAGUGGUUCACGACCUUUGUCAGGAACAUGGACGCCGCGGAUUUGGAGGACUGA